AUGAAUUCAAAUAGUUUAAACGAAAGCUCAACCGAUUCCCCUUCAUCUUCAUCUAACUCGGAUGAUGAAGGAAGGGAGCUUAGAGUUCAACAACGUAAUGAAGUGUGUCUUAUGAUACAACACGUAAUGCAUGAGUACAUUCCACCAAUUAUUCAGGCUGCCACUCAGCAACGCCGACGAAAAUCUAUUGAGCCCCGAAAGGAUAGGGGACGCGAAGAAGGUCAUGCACGGUUAUACGAUGACUAUUUCGCGGAAGUCCCAGUUUAUCCAAGUUCCUUGUUCCGGCGCCGGUUUCGAAUGCGUAAACAUGUGUUUGAGCGCCUUCUCAACGUAGUGACCCAACAUGACCCUUGGUUUCAACAAAGGCGAGAUGCGGCAGGUCGUCUUGGUUUGUCUCCACUUCAAAAGUGCACUGCGGCCGUUAGACAACUAGCUUACGGGUGUGCUUCAGACGCUUGUGAUGAGUAUGUCCGUAUAAGUGAGGCUACUUCACGAUUGGCACUCCAAAAGUUUAUAGAAGGUGUCAUCAACCUGUUCGGUGAUCAGUACCUACGCCGUCCAAACAUCGCAGAUAUGGAAAGAUUGCUACGUAUUGGGGAAGAACGUGGAUUUCCUGGCAUGAUAGGUAGCAUUGAUUGUAUGCACUGGGAGUGGAAGAACUGCCCACACGCAUGGAAGGGGCAGUAUCAAGGAAGAGAAGGAGUUGCAACUCUCAUACUGGAGGCAGUUGCGGACAGAGAUAUAUGGAUAUGGCAUUCGUUUUUUGGGAUGCCAGGUAGCUGCAACGAUAUUAAUGUGCUUCAUCGAUCCCCUGUGUUCGAAGACGUCUUAGAGGGUCGGACACCUCCUGUCAACUUCGAAGCUGCAAGAAAAGACGUUGAACGUGCAUUUGGGGUCCUUCAAGCUCGUUUUGCCAUUAUUAAAAAGCCGUCUUUGGCGUGGGAUACCGACAUACUCCACAAUAUCAUGCUCGCCUGCAUCAUAAUACAUAAUAUAAUCGUUGAAGAUGAACGAGAGACGUAUCAAAAUAACGUUAAUACCAAUGAGUUUAUGAAUGCUGGAGGGAAUGCUAAUGAGGACACUACCGAGUACCGUACUGAUCGUAUUGUGGAUAUCGGCUUAUACUUGUCUCGUAGAACAGAGAUUGAGGAUCAACAGACUCAUUUGCAGCUAAAAAACGACUUGGUCGAACAUAUAUGGAAUAAAUUUGGUAACAACGAAAACUUAGGCAACUAG